AUGUCUCCGUCUGAGGAUCGUAUCACCCGGCCCACAGAUCCCGAUGAUCUUGUCCUGGAGGCCUGGGGACAGGGCCUGAUGGUCGGUUCCCUGUUGGUGAUGGCCGCGGUGACCUUUGCGAACAUGAAGAGACACAUUCUGUUGCAUAAACUGAUUUUUGCCGAGCUUAUUCUCGCGAUGGCCCAUGGCACCUUCAUCUUCCCCAAAGAACCCGCCUACGGAUGGUACCUCUCCUGCAGUGCUAUCGGACUGAAUGUGUCCUGGACUCUACAUAAUGUCAUUGCGUGGAUGAAGAAUAAGCCAUUCCUGAGCCGCAGGGUUUCACAAGCUUAUAUCAUCACGGUCCUAUUAGUCCAGCCAUACUGGGUGCUAGAAAUCUACGCCAAUUUUACCUACUUCAAUAAUAUUAAUAAAAUCUUCCUCACGACAAGGCCAAUGGAGCCUCUCUUCCGAGACCCCUGGUGGGUCUUCACCACCUGUUCACUCUUCUACACCAUUAAGCGCUUGUACAACUUUGGCAUCAUUGAAUUGGUGACUGUGAGCCCGCGAUUCGGGAUAAUGCUAGCAUCAAUGUGCCUUUCCAUAGUGUUCAUAAUCAUCGAUACCUGUGUCGUUCUGAACGCCUUCCCAGCACAUACGCUCCCUACUGGAGUUGAACCAUUCUGGAAGCUAUCAUUUAUCUUCAAAUGUCUCUGCGAUACCGUCAUCCUCGACGACUUCAAGACUGCACUUGAUCGAAUGCGAAACUACUGGCUACGGAAACGGGCAAUGAAUGGUGAAGUCCUUCUUCCAGAAACCCAAUAUGGACAUGGCAGUCGCAGACAUGAGGGGGAUGACAUCGAAGCAUUUGGCAGCGGGAGACGGGGCAGCGAACUCAGAAAGCCCGAUUCGGCGGUUCCGCGAGUUCAGACAAGGGAAGAUGUGGGUAUACCUCUUUGA